AUGUCGUACGAUUACCUCUUCAAGUACAUAAUCAUCGGAGACACAGGUGUGGGAAAAUCGUGCCUGCUUCUGCAAUUUACUGACAAGAGGUUCCAACCAGUCCACGAUCUCACCAUUGGUGUCGAGUUUGGUGCUCGGAUGGUCACCGUCGAUGGACGCCCCAUCAAAUUGCAAAUUUGGGACACCGCUGGACAAGAGUCUUUUAGAUCCAUCACCAGAUCAUACUACAGAGGAGCAGCUGGAGCUUUGCUUGUCUAUGACAUCACCAGGAGAGAGACGUUUAACCAUCUGGCAAGCUGGUUAGAGGAUGCUCGGCAACAUGCAAAUCCUAACAUGAGUAUUAUGCUGAUUGGGAACAAAAGUGAUCUUGCUCACAAGAGAGCUGUUAGCAAAGAGGAAGGAGAACAGUUCGCCAAAGAACAUGGACUGUUGUUCCUAGAAGCAUCUGCAAGAACAGCUCAAAACGUUGAGGAGGCCUUCAUAAAGACUGCAGCAAAGAUCCUCCAGAACAUUCAGGACGGCGUCUUUGAUGUAUCCAACGAGUCAUCAGGGAUUAAGGUCGGCUAUGGGCGUCCUCAAGGUGCAGCUGGAGGAAGGGAUGGUGCGAUCUCACAGGGAGGUGGCUGUUGUGGUUAA